AUGUCAACGCGGUCGGACGAAACGCCCGCCUCGGCCGUCGAGUACGUGUACAUGUUCGAGAGGAACAAUGCGCCGACCAAGCAGCUCGAUGCCCUUCUCAGGGCCAUCGCCCGUCAUAUCAUCGUCGAGAUCGGCGACAAGCAAGAUGCGCAGUUGACACCGAGCAAGCUGGCCGCUUUUUACCGGGCUGUCGGCGGCGACUACGACUCCCUCUUCGUCGACAUGCCGCACUCGUCCCUCUCCUACAUCUGGCAGGUGACCGGUUGCCAACACUCGCUUCAGCCGACGACGGAUGACUUUGCCGCUCCCUCGAUCCCUGCCUUGACCUUUCGGGGCUUCUCCCGCUGGGAGUCCCUCGAGAUUCUGCUCGGGCCCGAGGAGCAUGUGCCCUUCCUGCAGUAUGCCGUCCGAAACUGGGCACUGAAGCACCCCGACACGGGCGAGCCCUUUCCCUCCCACCUUCCGGUCGACGUCUUCCCUUCGCGGCCCGACACCGAGGUCGAUCGCUGGCACAAAUCCUGCGCCGACAGGCUGAAGAGCGAAGCUGCCUCCUCGGCCGAGGACGCGCCGCCCUCACCCAAGCCGUCGUCGCCUGCCGCCAAUCAUACGUCGCCCCCCCCAUUCGCCUACGUACAUUUGAACCCCUUUCGACCGCCGUCGCCGCGAUCCAGAGCGCCCAAGUCGGAUCAUUUUUCCCGGCCGAUGCCGUUUGCUCAUGUGCCGGCCCAUCCUUCGACACGUCAUGCGGGCACCCGCCGACCUGGUCCAUCCCCCCCUCGGGACGAGACGGCCGAGGAGCACGCAAGACGCAAGAGCUUCUCCGACUAUGCCUCGCCCAAGGCCAACACGGAACCCCUCUACCACUCCUACUCGUCCGCCUAUCUCGAUCCCGGCUUCAAGAGGCCAGCCGCUCCGCGACGGCACAGCCACCCGAGGCACCACUCCGACUCGUCCGACUCGGACGUUGCGCCGCAGCCCACGAGCCAUAAAAUGAGGCAAAGGCAUCAUCCGCCGUCUCCGCCGCCGCCGCCUUCGUCCGUCCGUCGAUUCGUCCCGCCGACAGCGCCCCCGCCGCCGCCCGCCCCCGCCGGCGGGCCAUCCUCCUUUCGCUCCCACCGUUCCGACAUGCACCCCGAUGAAGCGAAACGAAGAAACGGGCCGAGCCCGCUGGGCUCGCUGCGCAACAAGCUGACCGAGACGGUGUCCAGCAUGCUGCCCGGCGGCAUGACCGCCGACCGACCACGGUCCGGCUUGCGGCAAAACGCGAACAAUGAAGCGGAACGCGUGCGCAAGAGCCGCGACCAGUUCCAGCCGGCCCAACCGUCGCGCCUGAAUCGGAGUUACUCCGACGAUGACUCGAACAGCUCUGAUGGUCCCGUCGAGGAAGAUGUCCGGAGGCGUCGAAGGGUACGAGAUGAACGGGACCGGGAACGUUUCCAAAGGGGCCGUCCUCGAGAUUCAGACCGGGCUCGACAAGACGACAGGGAUUCCGGAGGCCGACGGGACCGUCCCUCCUUCCGGCGGCCCGAGGCCCACAGGCGAACGAGCAGCCUCGACCGGCAAGGGGACCACCCGGCGUGGGAUGCGCGCGACAGGGCCCGGCGGGACGACAGACGAAAGUGGGGGAGACGAUCCCCCGAGGAAGGCAUGGCAACGGCAACUGUCGGGGCGGCCGGUCGACGAUACGCCGAGCCGGCGUACAGCUAG